AUGGCGACUACGGUGAAGCAGUACAAAGCGAUCGGAGAUGAGUUGUGGAAGACCAGAACGGACAAGAUCAACGGCGAGCUAUUCGCGAUGACGUACGGCGCGCUAGUCGUGCAGCUCAUACAAGACUACGAAGACUAUGCCGAGGUCAACACCCAGCUCGAGAAGAUGGGGUAUAAUAUCGGGACGCGGCUCAUUGAGGACUUCCUUGCGCGAGCGCCUCAAGUCGGGAAGUGCGCCGACUUCCGGGAGACGGGAGAAGUCAUCGCUAAGGUCGGCUUCAAGUCCUUCUUGAAUAUCACACCCAACGUCACCCACUUCGCCGGUACAUCGACAGGCGCGACCACGGCACCCAGCACACCGGUCAACAACCGUUCAUCUGCACCCACGUCGGCCGCAUCCAACCCGAGCUUCGUUCUUACGUUUGACGAGAACCCGCUCGCCGAGUUCGUCGAGUUGCCUGAAGAGGCGCUCGAGGGCGGGUUGUGGUACAGUAAUGUCUUAUGCGGCGUGUUGCGCGGUGCUCUGGAGAUGAUUCAGAUACGCGUUACGACUGAGUUCGUGAGCGACGUAUUGCGCGGGGACGACAAGACGGAGAUUCGGGUUCGGCUUGUGCAGUACUUAGAAGAGGAGGUUCCAGCAGGCGAGGACUAG